AUGCCUGGUUUGAUCCAGAGUGGUAACUCAUCGCCCAAUGUUCGCGACAUGGUGGCAGAAGGACCUCCUUCGUCGCCUGCCGAUAAGAAGAGAAACAAACUGGGAUAUCAUCGCACUGCAGUCGCAUGUGUCCAUUGUCGACGGCGCAAGAUCCGCUGCAUCACUGAGCUCAAUGAUCCAGCAGGUCGAUGCCAAAAUUGCAUUCGCAUGAAAAAGGACUGCGUUUUCACACCAAUUGACCCACAGAAUCCUCCGACCGCAAAAAGGCCACGCUCAGGGGUAAAAGCAGCGGACGGCCUAGUCAACGAGGCAGAGGCCUCGGUCUCUUCGUCCUCUCCAGGUGGCAUUCUCAGGAGCAGCUCCAUGGAACAAAUGAACUUUGAGAAGGAUCCUUUAGACACUCCUCCGUUGCCCAACGAAAGUCCCGGGUUCCCUGGUUUACACCAAGGCUCCAGAUCUGUGUCUGUCCAUGGCUUCGACUUCACGCAUGGUUACGAUCCUAAUCAACUCCGGCGUCAACACCAACAACAACAAAUAUUCGUUCCGUCUCCAUACUCACCGCGGAUCUACGACGUAGAUUCGAUGAAUCCUCAGUUCUAUCAGCACCAGCAACACCUCUUUGGACACUCGGUACCCACACCAUAUUCGUCUGCGUUUGCGCCGGGUUCGCUACCUUCCACGAUGACAACGGUGUCCCAAGAACAAACCUAUCCGUACCAGACGUCGGCUUCAAAUGGCGCCUAUAACUGGGCACAUCAUCCCACGAGAUCAAUGUCAUCUGACCAAACGGACGAACUGUCAUCUGGCUUCCCGACUCCCUACCGAACAAAUACGUACCCUUCCUUUGAAAGGGGGAUAACAGGCCAGAUACAGCAACUACCUCCGACCAGUUCGGGCCUUGUGCCAGUGGGUAUAGAAAGUCAGCACACUUCAAUGCAUCCAAAUUUCCGAGAACGCACCUCAUAUCAAACCAUGCAGGCCGAUGGGCAAUGGACUGCUGGACACCCUGGUCCAGUGCAGCAAAUGCCUGGCUCUGUCGAGAGCCCCUAUUCUCAGGGCUGGUACCAGCCGCAUCCGGGGUUGGCAAACAUGCGACAAGGGGAAGAGCAACCUCAUAUACUGCCGUCGCAGAAGCAUAAUCCACGAGAGAGUCAGCAUAAGCCCGGUUGA